UGAAUCGGUUGAAGUGAAGUUCUAAUCCCCGCCCAGCAACAAAAACAAAAUAUCUCUAGUCAAAGGAUUGUGAAGAUGAAGUGAGUUUGAAAUUUUAUCCAUUCUCUCAUUUCACGAACAUUCUCUACUUUUCUUUCCACAAUCUCAAAACCAAACCCUUCAACAAUUUCAAAUGUUCUUAAGGAGUAGCCAAACAUGAACCGAAGUGGAUACACCAAAUCCAAACACCAACCAUGUCUCUGUCUGUCUCCUCACCAGGAUUACUAACUCUUACCCCCAUAUUCACACCCACACCCCCCUCUUCACUUUCAAUUUCUAAGACACACUCCAUUAAAAUCACUGUUUCAUCUUCACUUUCCUCUUCAACCCAUCAAGAUACCUCAAAUUCCUCUCCACAACAACUCAACAACAAUAAUCCUACCAACAAUGACAGCAAUAAAACUGUCACUGUUGUUAAAUUCACCUAUAACAGAGCAUCACCUUCAAUUCGAUGGCCCAAUUCAAAACUCACUGAUAUGUACCCUUCCACAGACACCCUUUUACCUCAAAACGAUGUUUUUGCCAAAAAGACUCGAACUUUGGACACCCCUGAUGAAACCCACAAAGGGGAAGAACAACAAGAAGAUGAAGAAGAGACGCGUGAAAUUGUGAGGAACCGUGGUAGCAAAUUGAAGGUGAAAAGGAUGAACAAAUUGGCCUUGAAAAAAGAGAUGAAUUGGAGGGAAAGAGUGAAGUUUUUAACUGAUAGAAUUUUGAGUUUGAAAUGUGAUGAGUUUGUUGGUCAUGUGUUGGAAGAACAUAGAGUUUUGUUCACACCAACUGAUUUUUGUUUUGUGGUGAAAUCAGUUGGUCAAAGUAGUUGGCAACGCGCGCUCGAGCUUUAUGAGUGUUUGACUAUGCAGCAAUGGUAUGCAACUAAUGCAAGGAUGGUUGCAACUAUUUUAAGUGUGCUUGGAAAAGCUAAUCAAGAGGGAAUUGCUGUUGAAAUUUUUGCUAAGGCUGAGUCGGUCAUAGCAGAUACUGUUCAAGUGUAUAAUGCUAUGAUGGGUGUUUAUGCAAGGAAUGGUAACUUUGAGAAGGUAAAUGAGAUGUUUAAUUUAAUGCGUGAAAGAGGGUGUGAGCCUGAUAUUGUUAGUUUUAAUACUUUGAUUAAUGCGAAAGUGAAGUCUUGUGCUACGGUGUCUGGUUUAGCUAUUGAGCUUUUGGAUGAAGUAGGGAAGUUUGGUCUUAGACCCGAUAUAAUAACUUAUAAUACUCUUAUAAGUGCUUGUUCUAGAGAGUCUAAUUUGAAGGAAGCGAUUGGUGUUUUUAGUCACAUGGAGAGUAACCGUUGUCAACCGGAUCUUUGGACUUACAAUGCUAUGAUUUCGGUUUAUGGUAGAUGUGGAUUUGCUUUGAAAGCUGAGCAUCUUUUUGAAAAAUUGAAGUCUAAUGGAUUUUCACCUGAUGCUGUCACAUAUAACUCUUUGUUGUAUGCUUUUUCGAAAGAAGGAAAUACAGAAAAGGUAAGGGAUAUUUCUGAAGAAAUGGUGAAAAUGGGAUUUGGCAAGGAUGAGAUGACAUACAACACUAUCAUACACAUGUAUGGAAAGCAUGGCCGACAUGAUGAGGCAUUGCGGCUUUACAGAGACAUGAAGUCAUCUGGCAGGAACCCUGAUGCGGUUACGUAUACUGUUUUGAUAGAUUUGCUUGGGAAAGCAAGUAAGAUCGAGGAAGCUUCAAAAGUGAUGUCGGAAAUGUUGGAUGCGGGUGUUAAGCCCACUUUGCACACAUACAGUGCUUUAAUUUGUGCUUAUGCGAAGGUUGGGAGGCGAGUAGAGGCUGAAGAGACAUUUAAUCGCAUGCGUGAGUCAGGGAUCAAAGCUGAUCAUCUAGCAUACUCAGUUAUGUUGGAUUUCUUUUUGAGAUUCAACGAGAUUAAAAAGGCUGCAGCGUUGUAUCAGGAAAUGAUUGAAGCAGGCUUUACACCAGAUACUGGUCUUUAUGAGGUCAUGCUACCUGCGCUUGUGAGAGAAAACAUGGGGGAUGUUAUUGAAAGAGUUGUUCAAGAUACGAAAGAACUCGGUAGUAUGAAUCCACAUGAUAUUUCAUCGGUUCUUGUUAAGGGGGGAUGUUAUGAUCAUGGCGCUAAAAUGUUGAAAGUUGCCAUCAGCAAUGGCUAUGAAUUGGAUCGUGAGAUUUUUUUAUCCAUUAUGAGCUCAUAUAGCUCAUCUGCUAGAUAUUCAGAAGCAUGUGAACUUGUUGAAUUCUUUAGAGAACACGCUCCCGAUGACAUUCAAAUGAUCACAGAAGCACUCAUCAUUAUACUUUGCAAAGCUGGAAAGUUAGAUGCAGCCUUGGAAGAAUACAGAAGUAGAGGAGGACUUGGCACUUUUAGGAGCUGUACUAUGUAUGAAUCACUUAUUCAUGAAUGCACGAAGAGUGAACAAUUUGACAUCGCUUCUCAGCUUUUCUCUGACAUGAGAUUCAACGGUGUUGAGCCAUCUGAAUGUCUGUACCAAAGUAUGGUGUCUGUCUACUGUAGAAUAGGCUUCCCUGAGACAGCACAGCAUUUGUUGUAUCAUGCUGAGAAAAAUGACAUUAUACUGGAUAAUGUAACUGUUCAUAUUAUUGAUAUCAUUGAAACAUAUGGAAAGUUAAAGAUGUGGCAAAGUGCAGAAAGUAUAGUGGAGAAUCUUAGGCAAAGAUGUUCAAAAAUGGACAGAAAGGUCUGGAAUGCUUUAAUACAUGCUUAUGCAUUCAGCGGUUGCUACGAACGAGCUAGAGCUAUUUUUAAUACAAUGAUGAGAGAAGGCCCUUCCCCGACUGUAGAAUCUGUAAACGGUCUCUUACAAGCUUUAAUUGUUGACGGGAGACUGAGUGAGCUUUAUGUUGUAAUUCAGGAGUUGCAAGACAUGGACUUGAAGAUAAGUAAAAGUUCUAUUCUUUUGAUGCUUGAAGCAUUUGCUCAAGCAGGGAACUUAUUUGAGGUGCAGAAAGUAUACAAUGGAAUGAAAGCUGCUGGUUAUUUUCCUACCAUGCAUCUUUACAGACUUAUGAUUGGAUUGCUGUGCAGAUUCAAAAGAGUAAGGGAUGUAAGAGUUAUGUUGAGUGAGAUGGGAGAGGCAGGGUUUAAGCCCGAUCUUCAAAUUUUUAAUUCUGUGCUUAAACUAUAUUCAAGUAUUGAAGAAUUUCAAAACAUGGGUGUCAUCUACCAGAUGAUACAAGAUGCUGGUCUUGCACCAGACGAAGAAACUUAUAAUACACUUAUUACAAUGUACUGCAGAGACCAUAGACCAGAAGAAGGUUUGUCGCUGAUGCAUAAAAUGAAAAGUCUUGGUUUGGAACCUAAGCGAGACACAUACAGAAGUAUGAUUGCAGCAUUUAGUAAACAACAACUGUAUGACCAGGCUGAGGAACUUUUUGAAGAGCUUAGAUCCAAUGGUUAUAAACUUGAUCGCUCCUUUUAUCAUUUAAUGAUGAAAAUGUAUAGAACUUCUGGGGAUCAUCAGAAAGCUGAAAAUCUACUAGAAAUUAUGAAAGAAGCAGGGAUAGAGCCCAAUACUGCCACCAUGCAUUUGCUAAUGGUUUCUUAUGGGAAAUCCGGGCAGCCUGAAGAAGCUGACAGAAUCCUUAAAAACUUGAGAACAAUGGGAGCAGUUCUGGAUACCCUACCUUAUAGCUCUGUAAUUGAUGCAUAUCUCAAAAAAGGAGAUGCGAAAGCUGGGAUUGAAAAGCUCACAGAGAUGAAGGAAGCAGCCAUAGAACCAGAUCAUCGAAUAUGGACGUGCUUUAUCAGAGCUGCAAGCUUGUCUGGUGAAGUAAAUGACGCCAACAACCUUUUAAAUGCACUCCAAGCUGUUGGAUUUGAUCUCCCAAUUAGGCUUCUAGGAGAAAAAUCUGAGUCGCUAGUUUCUGAGGUUGAUCAAUGUCUGGGGAGACUAGAACAUGUGGAAGAUAAUGCAGCUUUUAACUUUGUUAAUGCUUUGGUGGAUCUCUUGUGGGCAUUUGAACUCCGAGCUACUGCAUCAUGGGUUUUCCAAUUAGCAAUCAAAAGAAGCAUUUAUCGCCAUGAUAUAUUUAGAGUUGCUCAAAAGGACUGGGGUGCUGAUUUUAGAAAGCUAUCUGCUGGCUCAGCUCUUGUUGGUCUUACAUUGUGGCUUGACCAUAUGCAGGAUGCCUCAUUGCAGGGCUAUCCAGAAUCACCGAAAUCAGUUGUACUUAUAACAGGAACAGCAGAAUAUAACAUGGUAUCGCUUGAUAGCACAUUAAAGGCGUUCCUUUGGGAAAUGGGAUCGCCUUUUCUUCCUUGUAAGACACGGCACGGAGUCCUUGUAGCUAAGGCUCACUCCCUCAGGAUGUGGCUAAAAGACUCCUCAUUUUGCUUAGAUCUCGAGUUAAAAGAUUCCCCAAAUCUUCCCAAAUUAAACUCAAUGCAACUUAUCAAUGGAUGCUUUAUAAGGCGUGGCCUUGUUCCGGCGUUCAACGAAAUUACUGAGAAACUAAAAGUUGUGAGUCCCAAGAAAUUUUCCAGACUGGCUUUAUUGCCUGAUGAUAAGAGAAGUAAAGUCAUGCAAGCUGAUGUCGAUGGAAGGAAAGAGAAAUUGGAAAAACUAAAAAAGUCUGAUCCUCGGCUGCUGAGGAAGAUUAAGAAGAUUAGGAAGAAGAAAUUUAUUCGGGAAGCUAUGUUGUACCAAGGAAAUGCAAUUGGAAUACAAAGGACUUUCAAACCAAUUGCUGCAAAUCAAUCGAUAGAAAGCAAUAGAAACGACAACGAGUAACCUAAGGUUGUCUGCAAUCUUGCCCUUAAUGUGCUAUUGCAGAAGCUUUCCUGAAGCAAGCUAUAACAAAAGCUCUUUAGCACCAACUUGCCCUUUUGGGUGCAAAACAAGCAAUGUAAAGCAAAAUAUUGUAAGCUUAUAUUGUACAGAACUACAGAUACCAAUCUCACAUUCUACCUGUCAUCAACUGGAAUUGUUAACAUAAAACUGUUUUAACCAGUAUUUCCA